CCUCCUAUAAAUAUACAAAUCGAUUUCCGUAACGGAUUUCAAAGAACAAUUUCCCUCCCUUUUUAAAAAAAAACAGACGUACGAUUCCCUUCCCUCCAAGACAAUCCUCAUAUUCCGUCUCCGGCCACCGACUUCCCUCUCUAACCAUGAGAAUCGCCGAGAUCUCCUCGCCGGACCACCGCCACAGCCUCAACGAGCCCCACUCCCACCUGCUCUCCCAAAUCGAGUCAUCAAUCAAGGACCUCGAACGCCACUCGCCGGAAUCCCCCUUCCCCGAGCCUCUCCUCACCGACCUCCGCCUCCGCCUCACUCAGCUCACCUCCCUCUCUCCCUUCCCCAACUCCGUCAAGCUUCACGUCUGGAAGCUCAGCUACCGCCUCUGGAACUCCUGCGUCGACCUUGCUAACGCCUCCGCCGUCCGUCCCUCCUCCUCCGCCAAAUUCACCGAACAACACGCCAAUCUCCGCCAAAUCUCCGCCGAUCUCCUCUUCCUCGCCAACGACGUCGUCGGUGUCCCAUCCCCCGCGUUCAAGUCUGCCUCGUUCUUCUACAAGACCGGUCUCAUCUGGCACGACCUUAACAAGUUCGACCUGGCCAACAAUUGCUUCGAGAAAGCCACCGAUCUCACCGCUAGAAUCGAUAUAGCCUCCGUAACUGACAACGAAGAGCGAAAACUCCUCCUAGGUCUGAACAUCGCGAGGUCGAGAUCAGCGUGGGAAGUUUCGGACCGAAACCUAGCGAUCGCGUUACUGAACCGGGCGAAAACCGUACUAUUCGGAUGCGCGGAGAGCUACAAGGCCUUAGCCAAUCAGUACUUGGCGUUCGGCAAGAUCGCGCUGUCGAGUAACGAGUCAUGCGGCGUGAACGAAGGGCUGAAGUUGAUGAACGAGGCUCUGGAUCUGUGCGAGAAAGGGAUGAGGAUCGUGAAGAGGAGGGAUGAAACCCUAGCUCUGAAGAAUAUGAGGUCUAAGACGCUUAGGUUUAUCGCGGCGUCGCAUUUGCAGAGAGAUGAGUUCGAGAGCGUGUUGAAGUGCGUUAAGGUGUUGAGGGAGAGUAGUAGCGGUGGUGGAGAUGAUCAUCCGAGUUUGAGUGUGUUGGCGAUGAAGGCGUGGUUAGGGUUGGGGAGAUUUGGGGAGGCUGAGAAGGAGCUGAAGGGCAUGGUGGUAAAUAAAGGGGUUCCGGAGGGCGUUUGGGUGUCCGCGGUGGAAUCGUAUUUCCAGGCGGCGGGAGCGGCCGGGGCGGAGACAGCGAAGGGUGUGUUUUUGGGACUUCUGGGGAGAUGCCAUGUAAGUGCGGGUGCGGCGAUUAGGGUGGUUAGGAGGUUGGUUGGGGAUGGUGUGACCGUCGAGGGGUCGAGGGUUAGGGCUAAGGUGGUGGCUGAAGUGGUUUCGGAUGAGAGGGUGGUGGCUCUUUUUGUUGGGGAGGAAGCUAUUAAAGAGAGGACAACAAUGCAUGCCGUUCUCUGGAACUGUGCUGCAGACCAUUUUCGAUCUAAAGAUUAUGAGACGAGUGCAGAGAUGUUUGAAAAGUCUAUGCUUUAUGUACCUUACAACAUAGAGAGUAGGGUUCUCAGAGCAAAGGGCUUCAGAGUUUUGUGUCUCUGUCACCUUGGCCUCUCCCAGCUAGAUCAAGCUCAAGAGUACAUCACUGAGGCUGAAAAGCUUGAACCCAACAUCGCCAGUGCUUUCCUCAAGUUUAAGAUCAAUUUGCAAAAGAAUGAUUGCGAUGGAGCUAUUACUCAGGUGCAAGCCAUGACAACGUGCCUUGACUUCACUCCUGACUUCCUCUCUCUUUCAGCCCAUGAAGCUAUUGCUUGUCGUGCUCUUCGUGUUGCAGUUUCCUCUCUAUCCAAUCUCCUUAACUUUUACUCCUCAGGGAAACCAAUGCCCACAACAGAGGUCAUGGUGCUGCGUACCCUAAUCACAAUUCUCGCACAAGACUCUGGCAAUGAGUCUGAAACCCUCGUAUACAUGAAACGAUCUCAUAAGCGGUUGUCUGAGCUUGGACCUGAUUUCUUCUUUGGGAAAGGUGAGGUUGGGAGAAGGGAACGGGACUGGCUUGCUGUAAACUCAUGGAAUACAGGGACGAGAGUAGGGAAGGAGGAAAAAUAUGGAUUGUGUGCAGAUUUCUUUAGAUUGGCUUCAGACUUUUAUGGUGUUGUGGUUGAUGGAGAAGUACAAGGGAACAAUGUGAUGGUUUGUAAAUCGCUGAUAUUGACCGUUUCUGCUAUGAUAGCUGAUGAGAAACAAAGGAAGGCUACAUUGUUGGACAAGGAAGUGAAGCAAGCCAUUGAACUGCUAGACAGAGCCGGAAAGAUAUUGACAACAAUCUCUGUUGGAAGCCAAGUAGAGGGUGAUGAGAUCACCACCAUUGAUCCCAACUUCUUGUUCAUAUACACCUUGAACGCGUAUGAUCUGCAUACAAGGCUCAAUGAAACUGGAUCCCAACAGCUCCUUCUGGUAAAACAGUUUGCCGCCUCAAAAUCUUGCAGCCCUAAUUAUCUCCUUCAACUUGGCCUCCAUGCCUCGCAGGGCCCACGGUCCAACCCUGAAGUGGCCACCUUUGCUCUGAACACCUGCCUCUCUGCCCUCCUCGCUUCCCAAUCACCAGAUUACCAAUGCGUUGCUCUAACUAUCAGGAAACUCAUUGCUGUAUGCGCAAUUCACAAGGGAGAUACAGAUGAUGAUGUGGUGUACGGUAUGUAUAAGCAAGCGUACCGUAUUAUGGUGGGGUUGAAGGCAGGAGACUAUCCCCUAGAGGAGGGGAAAUGGCUUGCAAUGACAGCAUGGAACCGGGCAGCCCUGCCUGUGAGAUUGGGGCAGGUUGAGGCAGCAAGGAAGUGGAUGAGUAUUGGGCUGGAUUUGGCUGGGAAGGUUCCGGGAAUGGAUACUUACACAUCGUGCAUGGAAGAUUUUCUUGAUGCCUUCGAAAAGAAAUCUCACGGCAAUGGCAAUGUUUAGGUCAGGUAUGAAAGUAGUUAUCAUAGCUCUUUCAUGUUGCACACAGUAGGUCAACAAUAGGUUUGUUGGUUACAGAGAACAUUUGCAUAGAGUUCCAACAUUUCGUACAUGAUUCAGUUUAGUCUUCUCUUAACGUCCUAUAAGAGACAAUUGACAGAUAGAAAGCAUGUAUUUCAGUGUAUGUAUAUUUCCAUCGAUCAGUAGGCAGUUUCCAAAGAAAGGGGAAAUCAGCUUCUGUAACUGGGAAACUAUUUUGUUAAUAAUUCCUUCGUUAGGCUCU